AUGAUCGGACUACCGGUCUUUUUCGGCUUGCUGGCGGCUCCCGGCAUCCUGCUUUGGCUGAAUGGCCAGGAACGCGACAUCACGCUGCUCUACCGUAACGUCUACAACGGCAUGGACAGUUUUCCUCUCAUGGCGAUUCCGUUCUUCAUGCUCGCAGGCGAGCUGAUGAACAAGGGCGGGAUCACGAUCCGUCUGGUAGAAUUCAGCCAGGCGCUCAUGGGCCACCUGCGCGGCGGCCUUGCACAUGUGAAUAUCCUGUCGUCGAUGCUGUUUGCCGGUCUUUCCGGUUCGGCAGUCGCCGACACGUCCGCACUUGGCUCCAUGCUUAUUCCAGCGAUGGAAAAACAGGGGUACACGCGCCGAUUCGCAGCAGCGGUAACAGCAGCGUCGUCUGUUAUCGGUCCUAUCAUCCCGCCGUCCGGCAUCAUGAUCAUCUAUGCCUAUGUCAUGGGCGAAAGUGUUGCCGCCCUCUUCCUGGCCGGUAUUGUCCCCGGCGUCAUGGUCGGCAUCGGCCUGAUGCUGGUUGUCCGACUGAUGGCUGACAAGUACGAUCUGCCCAAGGCCCAGCGGAUCGUCAAUCCCGGUCAGAAAAUGGCGCCGGUCGAAUACUGGGUGUCGUUCGCAUUGCUCAGGAUCAAUCUCGCAUCGCUCCUGCUGGCGCUUGCAUUCGGCAUUCUCAGUCAGACCUCUCUGGACGUGUCGGGUAUCACGACUUUCGUCCUGUUUGUCGUCCUGAUUGGAAUGUCGCAUCUGCUAUUGAUGGGUCUGCGCGGCGCAGUGUCUGAAGAUUUCCGGAUGGUCUGCAAAAAAGCCGUCGUGCCUUUGCAGACACCGAUCAUCAUUCUGGGCGGCAUCCUGAUCGGUGUCUUCACGCCGACGGAAGCGGCCGCCGUCGCAGUAGCCUAUGCGCUGAUCAUCGGCUUUUUCGUCUUGCACUCCAUCAAGGUGAAGGAAGUUCCCGGCAUCCUGAACAGGGCUGGCAUCACGUCGGCAGUGGUUCUUCUUCUUGUCGGCGCUGCAAUGGCCUUCAAGACCGUCGUCAGCCUUAGCCAUGCUCCUGAAAUCAUGGCCGACUUCGUACUUUCGCUUUCCGACAACCCGCUGAUCCUGCUGUUCCUGAUCAACCUGCUCCUGUUCAUUGUCGGAAUGUUUCUCGAUGCGGGGCCAGCGAUCAUCAUCCUCGGACCGAUCCUCGGGCCCAUUUUCACAUCGAUGGGAGUGGAUUCGAUCCACUUUGCCAUCAUCAUGAGCGUGAACCUGACCAUCGGUCUUGCCACGCCGCCAAUGGGCCUGGUGCUAUUUGUCGCUGCCUCGGUUUCAAAGGAACGGGUUGAAACCAUUGCCAAAGCCAUUCUGCCGUUUCUGGCGGUAGAAAUCGCGGUGAUCUUCCUGAUCACCUACAUACCGGCACUUUCGAUGACGAUCCCUCGAUGGACCGGAUUUGCCAACUGA